UUUUCCAAUUUAUUACAAUAUUUUGAAUAGAGUGAAACUCAUUGAAAUUAUCCAAUAAAGUAUCCAUUUGUCAGCUUACAUCAAAUCUGCGGAAUUCAUUAUUUAAAGUAUUAAUACCAUUCGUAAAAAGUGCAUUUAAUAGCUAUAAUUUUAAAUAAAAAACUUGAAAUCCAACCGAGAAAAAAAAUACAACGGUUAAAUUUACUAGUAACGCCCUUUCAAACUUUAUGCUGUACUGUGUGUACAUCUACAGCUGGAGAAUAUAAACAAACACCACAAGAUGUCCAGAAUACCAAAACUUCCAACAUCCACUGCUAAAGAGAAUAAGCCUGGUUUAAUUAACAGUCGCCCACUAACUAGAACAAUUGCUAAUGGCUUGAGUGAUGCAGAUAAAAAAGCCUUGAUCCUGAAUCACACUAAACCGAUCCGCAAUGGACCAGUUAUAUCAACAUCUGGCUCACGUCUCAGAAAAGCAGCAACUGAACCACCACCAACUACAGUGCCUUCAAAGAUAUUAAAAAUUGAGAAGAAACCAUCUACUGUUGCUCGUAAAAUACCACCAUAUGACUACAAAGCAAGAUAUAAUGAGUUAUUAGAAAAAUUUAAAACAAUUAAAAGUGAACAUACAGACUUAAAAGGUAAACAUGAGGAGGUAUCUGAUGAGUAUGAAAAAGUUAAGGAAACAGCACAGAGUUGCUCUAAUGAAAGAGACAUAUUUAAGGAAAAGUUAUUGAAUACUCUUAAUGAUUUAAGAGAAAAAACAGCUGAAUUUGAAAGGAUGAAAAUAGAUUUUGAUAUUCAGAAACAUGAAAAUGAAGAUUUACACCGUAAGACUCGACUGUUAGAAGAAGUUACAAAUGGCUUAAAGAAAAAAACGACAGAGUUAGAGAUUCUACAGGCAGAAUUUAAUGAUGUGACCAGGCGACAUCAAAGUCUUAAAGAAGAAGCAGAAGCAUUACAGGUUCUCUCUGAGCAUCUGAAAAAAGUAUCUGUUGAAUAUGAUAAAUUACAACUUGACUUUAAAGAAGCUCAACAAGCAAUUAUGAAAUAUAAAUCAGAUGCAGAAAGCUUACAGAAUAUUUUGGCUACAAUGUAUAAAGAACAAAGAGAUUUGAGGAAUACUAUACAAGACUUGAAAGGAAAUAUUCGAGUUUAUUGCAGAGUUAGACCACCUUUAGAAUCAGAAUCUACAAAACCAUUGUUUAAUCUUAAUGUUCUUGAUGCAUGCUCCAUAGAAGUUGAAAAAGUUGAAUUGAAUUUUAGUUCAGCAAGAAAAGGAAAAUCACAGCAUGCUUUUACAUUUGAUGGAAUAUUCACACCUCAUGCAACUCAAGAAGAUGUUUUUGCUGAGGUUUCAUCAAUGGUUCAGUCUGCAUUAGAUGGCUAUAAUGUCUGUAUUUUUGCUUAUGGUCAGACCGGAUCUGGCAAAACUUACACUAUGGAAGGUGGAUGUGGUACAGAGCAAUAUGGCAUAAUCCCACGAGCAUUUAAUAUGAUUUUCACAUGUAUGGAAGAUUUAAAAAAGAUGGGAUGGGAAUUGCAAAUUAAGGCAUCCUUUUUGGAAAUAUAUAAUGAAAUAAUUUACGAUUUAUUGAAUUCAAGCAAGGACCAAGAAAGCCAUGACAUUAAAAUGGUAAAUUCUAAAGGUAUUGACGUGUAUGUCUCAAACUUGAAAGAAGAAGAAGUUAAGAGCUCACAUGAUUUUAUCAGACUGAUGAUAUUUGCUCAACGUAACAGACAAACUGCAGCUACACUUAACAAUGAAAGAAGUUCUCGAUCACAUUCAGUUGCACAAAUUAAGAUCUCUGCCAUCAAUGAGAAGCGCAAAGAAAAGUUUACCAGUCAAUUAAAUUUAGUCGAUCUGGCAGGAUCUGAAAGUGGAAAAACCUCACAGAGAAUGGAUGAAACUAAACAUAUUAACAGGUCCCUGUCAGAGUUAUCUAAGGUUAUAUUAUCUUUGCAGACAAAUCAAUCUCAUAUACCAUACAGAAACUCAAAACUUACCCAUUUAUUGAUGCCUAGUCUUGGAGGAAAUUCCAAAACUCUCAUGUUGGUCAAUAUCAAUCAAUUUGAUGAAUGCUUUAAUGAAACUCUAAACUCCUUACGCUUUGCUACUAAGGUAAAUAGUUGCCGAACAAUAAAAGCAAAGAAAAAUUUGACAAUGGUUGACUCAUUAUAAUUAAUUUGUUGGAUUUUAAUUUUAAAUGACAUUGCUAUAAAACUAUAAUGUGUGAUUUUAUCAUUUAAAAUCACACUUGUAUUAUCUUAUUGAUCAAUAUCUAACUUUCAAUAGAUUUAUGUACUUUCAUAUAUUUUAUUAUGUUCCAUUAGAAAUACACCAAGGAAGUGUAAAAUGAAACUUAAAAACAAUCUACUGACAGAGCGAAUAGAUGUUAGGGUUAUUUAGUUAUAAAUAAAUUUUAACUUUCUAUUAAAUUAGAAUUAUUUUAUAACGACCAAUGUAUCCUUAGUUUUUGAUAUGAUUUUGUGUGUAAUUAUUGUUUAGUAUA